UUGUACCUAGUAACAUGGAGAUUGGCACUGCUACUAACCUACAUAUUAAGGUAUUGGUUAUGUCUAAGCCUACUAUUGCAGCCUAUGUAUGUACAUACAUGAGGCCGAAGUACGGAGACGAUUUAGAAGAACAUCAAGAACAACGUUGAACUAUAAAUGCACGGAUGACACUGGAUGUACUACCUAGGGUGUGUAGUUACAUUGUAGUACUAUAUUGCUGUACAUGUACAAACCCUAAUUGGCUCAAAAUUCAACAGCCCCCGCCCUUCACGCCUUUCACUCCCCUCCAUCUCUCUUCACUUCCUUGCAAGCUUUGACUUGAGAGAAAGGUAACAGCCGAUACAAUACAAUACAAUACAAAAACUAUUUAUACAAAGCUAUGUCCAUAGCCCAUCGAGCUCUUUUUACUGCUCGAUCACUUACUUCAUUCACUGUUCGUCGUGCCUUGAUUCCAGCUACCAGAAUCACACAAACUCCAUAUCUUCCUCUAACCUCACAAUCUAUCCGCAAAAUGUCCGAUCUCACUACGGUCUUGGCCAAGGACGCUGCCCCGCCAGCUGGACCUUACUCUCACGCCAUCAAAACCCCCACUGCCAUCUACUGCUCCGGCCAGAUUCCCUGUGACGCGAGUGGCAACCUUGUGGAGGGCACUAUUGGUGAGAAGACGGCGGCCUGCAUCUCUAACUUGAAGGCCGUUCUCAUUGCCGCCGGUUCUUCUAUUGAGCGAGUCGUCAAGGUCAACGUCUUCUUGGCUGACAUGUCCCUCUUCGCCGACAUGAACAAGGAGUAUGAGAAGUGGUUCACCCAUAAGCCUGCCCGAAGCUGCGUGGCUGUUAAGCAGCUCCCUAAGGCCGUCGAUGUUGAGAUAGAGUGCAUUGCUCUUCCGUAAGCAGUCACUGAUGGCAAGGCAUUUGCGUGUCGUUGCAUGCGUCCGCCUACAGACCUCUAUAUCUACUAGAUACUAGGUACUCGGUAGUCUAUAAAACUUCCGGAUCAAUGAUAUAUGAUCUUCCAAAUGAUGUGUUUCCCAC